AAUGAGGAUCCGGCUACAAACUUGCACUACAAUGGAACUAGAACAACUCCUGACUUACUCUUGGCUUCAAGCGACAUCAGUAAGCUCACACGCCGCAAAAUAAUUGACGAUCCUGGUUCUGCUCACAAACCAAUCAUUGCUAGUAUUACCAUCGGCGGCAAAAGCAUGACAAUGAAAGUGUGCGAUGAACUUAAAGCUCGAACAAAGGAGAAACAGUGGACAGUGGCACUCUCCAAUAUAGCCGACUGGGCAGGAAUCGAAGCCGUUGCUGAGUUUGGACGACGUACCGGACACGAUUGCUUGGAAAAACACCUUCACAGAUUGGAAGAGGAAAUGGAGAAGACCCACCUGAUUCGGUGUCUAGCGGAGGAAAUGGUGAUGACCCACCUGAUUCGGUGUCCAGCUCUAAAGACAACGCAGACCCACCUGAUUCGGUGUCCAGCUCUAAAGACAAGGACAUGGAGUCUGAUUGUGAAACCUACAGGAGGAAAUGGAGAAGACCCAUCUGAUUCUCUACAGGAGAAAAUGGAGAAGACCCACCUGAUUCGGUGUUCAAAGGAGGAAAUGGAGAAGACCCACCUGAUUCGGUGUCUAGCGAUCAACCCACAUGCCCUCUAUGUAACCUACAGGAGGAAAUCUGGCGAAGCACCUUCACAGAUUAGGAGAGGAAAUGGAGAAGACUUACCUGAUUCCGUGUCCAGCCCUUAA